UCGUGUCAGUGUUGCCAGGGCAACAUUCAUCAACUGAACAAUACUGUAGCAUCGUGCUAACUGGAGUAAACAUCGUGUUUAAUUCCGUUAAAAAAGUUUGCUGAGAUAACUAAAACCCCUAGUCAAUUACACUGGGAAUGCAGGCACGUUAUAAUGGCUGUUCCUGUAUGGGCUCUGUCCCUCCCUCUCCCUGCCAUCAUCAUGAUCUCUGUUGGGAUCUAUAUGAUUUUCCUUGCGGUUGUGUUAUGGUGUCAUCACUGUCUCAAGGCCAAGUGUGAUCCUCAGUGUUCAGAUUGCUGUACAAGUUUCUCUCCUUGUGAGUACUGUUUAGUGUGUGCCCAGUCUUGUGACUGUCGUCCACCCUCCCUGCGCUCCUGUCUUGACUACUCCUGCCCCUCCCCUAAUUGUGCGAUGUGGGAUUGUUCCUGUACCUGUCAACCUCCAGAGUGUGACUCCAUCAACUGCUUCUGCUUUGAGAUCAGGUUUAAGUAGGAGGAUGAAGAAAGGAUGACAUGACUUUAAGAGAUGCCUUAGAAACUCCAAGUGCUAAAGUGACACUAGCUAUGAAAGAAAGGAGAGCUUGCAUUGGCAGAAGGAAAGGAGAACUUUACUCCGAAACUUUACUCUGAAACACCAUCUUCUGUUUAAUAGCUAGUCCUAUUGCGAUGCCAUAUUGGAAAGUCAUAUUUUAACUUCUGCAAAACUCUUACAAUAAAUACAAAAGAAUUACAGAAAGCCAUACUAAGAUGGUGGAGCAUGGCUUUGAGCAGUGGCAUAAUUUUAUAGAUUUAGGUAUGAUGCUUGCAAAUCAACCAGCAUACCUUUCAACACAACAGGUCAACAUAUUUUCAAUAUCAGUGCAUUAGUUUUGCUAAGGUUAAGCAGUUCACCCCCAAAGUUCAUUUUGUCAAUAUUUGUUAUUUUUUAUAGUAAACAUCUAUGGUGCUUUUUCUAUACAAGGAAAUUAGAUGGGACCAUUUAAUUUUGGGCGGAAGAUCCCUUAAUUCUAUCUAAUCUCUUAAAAAAGAUGGUAAAUAGGGUAGAUGGUAAAUUUGCCUUCUUACACAUAGCCUAACAGAUGCAGAAACUACUUUUUCAUCUAAAUUACACUUGUAGUAAUGACUUUAACACUUAACAAGUUACAUAACGCUUUACAAUCUAGUUUAGAAUGUUUACUAAUCUGUUGUUUACAGGACAUCAUCUUGGUUAUGAAAUAAGAAAUGUAUACAUAAUGUUUUACGUCAACUAUACGGUUGUGUGUGGUAUGUGGAAAGUUUUUGAUUGUGUGCUUAGGAGAUGACAGCUAGAAUACAAUCUCUUUCAUAAUAUAUAGGCUUACAUUUCACUGAUGGUCCCUUUUUCCUGUUGUCAGGCAGUAGUAGUUUAUUGUAUAAUUUUAAAAACAAAAUUGUUAUAUGUUUUAUUUUUAUAAAUGCAUGUUUUUUUAUGAAAAAAGA